AUGUCGCUAUUCGGAAACUUCGACGUCGCGAAGCUGGCCUCCCAGCUAGGCGGCUUCACCAUCCCCGACGAUCCCGAGAUCCAGCACGAAUACGGAUCAAAGGACUUUGGCUACAGCAACCACGGCUCCCACCCCGGCGGCUACGACGGCCAGCCCCCCGCAGGCUACGCCGGCGGCCCGCAGAACGGCGCCGACGAGUACAAGCGCGAGCACCCCGACGCCUUCGGCACCGCGGAUCCAGAGCGCUCCGCCGCCGCUUCCUACGGCGCGGGCGCGUUCUCUGCCGCUGCCGCCGGCACCUAUGGCGCCCACGCCCCUUAUCCCACGGACUCGCCCCGCCCGGAGCACCGCUACGGCGACCAGCAGAGCCCCUACCCCUCAGAGUCCCCGCGCCCCGAGCACAGGCCGUACGGGGAGAGCGCGAGCCCGUACCGCCCGCCGCCGCCGGAGCACGGCUAUGAACGCCCGCCCUCGCCGCGUCUGCCGGAGGGCUGGGCCAAGAGGUUCGAUGAGCGAAGCGGGCGGUGGUACUACGUCAGCCCGAACAACUCGACGCAGUGGGAGCCGCCUGCGCCGCCCUCGCCCGUCGUGUCGCCGCCGCCGCUGGAGCCGAGGUACGAGGAUCGGUAUGCGGGAGGAGGGCACUCGCCGCGUCCGGGGUAUGGUGGGCACUCGCCUCAGCCGGGAUAUGGCGGGCACUCGCCGGCGGAGUACGCUGCUGGCGCUGCGGCGGCGGGCGCGGUGGCAGGUGCUGCUGCGGGGUACUACGCGGGACAUAAUUACGAGCAGGGCCAGCCUCAUCAGCAACCGCAGUAUCAUGACCCGAACCGGUCGUACGGCCAGCCACGGUAUGGCCAGCCCCAGGGAUCGCCGUAUGGGCAGCCUCAGGGAUCUCCAUAUGGGCAGCCUCAUGCAUCGCCGUUUGGCCAACCUUCAGGAUCGCCGUACGGUGGCGGGUCGCCCUAUGGACAGCCGCAAGCUUCGCCGUACGGUCAGCCCCAGCAGCAGGCGUAUGGACACCCGUACGGUCAGCAGUAUGAGCAGGGCAGCGAGGAGAAGAAGAAGAAGAAGAGCAGUAGCAGCAACAUGCUGCUCGGCGUGGCUGACUCGGACUCCGACGAAGAGCGCCACCAGGAGCGAUACGAACGAGGCAGCGACUCCGGAUCCGAGCACCGCUACCGCGAGUACGAGCGCGACGAGAGCGACCGGGAGUCGUUGCGGGAGGCCAGGAGGGAGUACGAGGAGGAGCUGGCCAGCGCGCGGGGGUCGAGCUGCAGCAGCAGCGACCGGGAGUCGUUGCGUGAGGCGAGGGAGGAGUAUGAGGAGGAGUUGCAUGAUUACUACGAUGACUGA